AUGUCGGCCCCUACAGCCUCAGCUCCCUCCUCCUGCAAGGUGGUUCUGGCCAAGAACGUCUCUAAUGGCCUGCUCAAGGAAGUCCAGGAAGGCGUCAAGACUCUCGACAAGCCGCCGCACCUGGUUGGUUUCUUGGCUAACAAUGACCCUGCGGCUUUGAUGUAUGCGCAAUGGACGAAAAAGACCUGCGAGGAAAACGGCUUCAAGUAUUCCCUCCGCGAAGUCUCUCGCGACGACAUCGAAGGCGCUAUCCUCUCUGCCAACACCGACGAUGAGGUCGACGGCAUCAUCGUCUACUACCCGAUCUUCAACAACCGCCAGGAUCAAUACUUGCAGCAAAUAGUCGAUGUCUCCAAAGAUGUCGAGGGUCUCAGCCACCGCUACAUCUUCAACAUGUACCAGAACAUCCGUUUCCUGGACCCCGAGACCAAGCGCCAAAAGUGCAUCCUGCCUUGUACCCCGCUGGCUACUGUCAAGAUCCUCGAGUACCUUAAUAUCUACAACACCGUUCUGCCCUCCGGCAACCGUUUGUUCGGUCACACUAUUUGCGUUGUGAACCGGUCCGAGGUUGUUGGCCGUCCGUUGGCCGCGCUACUGGCUAACGACGGCGCCUGUGUUUACAGUGUUGAUAUCACUGGCGUUCAAAAAUUCACUCGUGGUGAAGGGCUCAAGAAGCAUCGCCAUGAAAUUCAUGAGAUGGAGGGUGCUACGUUGAAGGAUGUUGCGCCGCUUUGUGAUGUUGUUAUCUCGGGCGUUCCGGGUGAGAAGUACAAGUUUGAUACUAGCCUGCUCCGUGACGGUGCUGUUUGUGUCAAUUUCUCGAGCGAGAAGAACUUUGGGCCCGAGGUGAAGGAGAAGGCCUCCAUCUUCGUUCCCUCCAUUGGCAAGGUUACCAUUGUUUGCCUGCUUCGUAACCUGCUGCGACUCAAUCAGAACCGCCGCCUCGACGAUAUCAAGCCUGCCGCGGCUACUGAACGCCCUGGCACUAUCGAAGCUUAA